UAAAAUGAUCGGGGCCACAGCAGGUAUUAUAUAUCACCAGCAGCUUGUUUUGUCAGCUGCAGAUGCAAUACAAAUAUAUCAAUUUGUUCCUCCUUUCUAACACAUGCCAUUCUCCAGUUUAGCAUAGCAGCCAGGAAGAACUUCCGCAGAAUACUGAAAGGAUUCUCAGGCUGUAUUGUACUAUAGAUGCUUCUCUGAACUUGACUGCAGCGCUGGUGCCUUGCAUUGCAUUCCAUAUCUGUGUUCUUUGCAAUGCUCUCACUCAGUGGGGUUGAGCUGACUGUAAUUCCCUCUCUUACCUUAAGGAUGUGUAGCUGACUGCAACCCUCAGUUUCCCAAAAGCUAUGAGGAAUACAGAGACUGGAUAUGCUGUCCUACUAUUCUGCUGCAGAAAAAAAUAGAAAUAUCUAUACCAAGAGAAAGAUAGACUUCGGGUACAGAUUCCAAUGGAUGAAAUACAAUUUUCAGUUUGCCAGCCUGUCAUAAACUUUAGCAUUGGGGGUUUGUAAUGCUGAUUGAUGCUGCAUUCUCUGCGAUGUGAGACAGUAACCGGGUGAAUCUGAGGUGUAAACAGACAUUUUUCUACUGCAUUGCUUUGCAAAGGGGAUUUACUGAAAUGACUUUGUGGGAUCCUAGCCUGAAGCUACAGUAUUUGAUAGAAGAAUGCAGCAUUUAUUGCAUACACACCAACUGGGGUGGCUGGUUUUAUUGGCAGCUCUGUGGAAAUCAAACUGCAGUAAGGAAAAUAUUCUUGGAGGAAAGACUGAAGGAGCAUCCUAACAAACAGUGCUGAGCGCUACGCGAUGCCAAACUUUGCAGCAUGCCAAAUAACGACCAAAUCUUCUGAAGGCACUGAUUCAAGAUCUAUGGCUACAAGGGAAGGAGGUUGUGGGAGAAAAACCUGACACUUUGUGAUCAAUUUCCACAGGGAGUAAAGCUGGACAAGAUGGAUACUUUUGGCUCUGCUGUGUUUCUGCUCCAUGCUCUACUAAAUAUGGUGGAUCUGGGUCAUGGAGCAGAGAAAACUUUUCCUGUCCUGAACAUUGCAGUUAUUUUGGGAAGAACUCGUUAUAUUUCAGAGAGGGAUGUCCGGUCUCUUUGGACAAGGGAUAUGUCCUUAAACUUUGAUGUCAAUGUGGUGACCUUGCUAGUGAACCAGACUGACCCCAAGAGUAUCAUUACCCACGUGUGUGAUCUGAUGUCAGGUACCAAGAUUCACGGUGUGGUUUUUGGAGAUGACACUGACCAAGAGGCUAUAGCUCAGAUUUUGGAUUUUGUUUCAUCUCAGACCUUCAUCCCAAUUCUAGGUAUUCAUGGCGGGUCUUCAAUGAUUAUGGCACAUAAGGAUGCAAUGUCAACCUUCUUCCAGUUCGGAGCUUCCAUCACACAGCAAGCCAUUGUCAUGUUAAGGAUCAUGGAGGAAUAUGACUGGCAUGUAUUUUCUGUUAUAACAAGCACUUUUCCAGGAUAUCGAGACUUUAUAAGUUUCAUAAAAACCACUGUGGACAAUAGUUUUGUGGAUUGGGAAGUGCAGAAUGUAAUUACUCUGGACGCAUCAUAUACUGAUGCACAAACACUCAAUCACCUGAAGAGAAUCCAUUCUUCUGUUAUACUCCUUUAUUGUUCAAAGGAUGAAGCAAUUAAAAUUUUUGAAGAAGCUCGUUCUUUAGGCCUAAUGGGAUAUGGUUACAUCUGGAUUGUUCCCAACCUGGUAACAGGUAACACAGAAAUAAUACCAUUUGAAUUUCCUUCUGGAUUAGUUUCUGUGUCUUACGAUGAAUGGGACUAUGGCUUGGAGGCUCGAGUGAGGGAUGGCCUUGGAAUUAUUACCACAGCUGCAUCAGCCAUGUUGGAAACGUAUUCAGUAAUUCCGGAAGCCAAGACUAGUUGUUAUGGUCAAAAUGAGCGGAAUGAGAUGCCAACUCACACACUUCAUGAAUUUAUGAUAAAUGUGACUUGGGAUGGCAAAGAUUUGUCCUUUACGGAAGAUGGUUAUCAAGCAAAUCCAAAACUGGUGGUUAUACUGCUGAACAUGGAGAGAGAAUGGGAAAAGGUGGCAAAAUGGGAGAACAAGAGCCUGGAAGCAAAAUAUCCUGUAUGGCCCAGGAUCACAGGAGCUUUGGAAAUCGAACCUGAUGACAACCACCUCAGCAUUGUUACGCUGGAAGAGGCGCCAUUUGUCAUUGUUGAGAACAUGGACUACCUGACAGGAACAUGUGUAAGGAAUACUGUGCCAUGUCGAAAAUACAUCAGGUUAAAUAAUUCAACAACUGAAGGGACAUAUGUGAAAAAGUGCUGUAAAGGAUUCUGCAUAGAUAUCCUCAAGAAGCUUUCAAAGACUGUGAAAUUCACCUAUGAUCUUUACCUCGUAACCAAUGGGAAGCAUGGCAAAAAAAUCAAUAACGUUUGGAAUGGAAUGAUUGGUGAAGUGGUUUAUAAGCGAGCAGUUAUGGCAGUGGGUUCACUCACAAUCAAUGAAGAGCGUUCGGAGGUUGUUGAUUUUUCAGUUCCAUUUGUCGAAACUGGAAUUAGUGUUAUGGUAUCACGUAGCAAUGGCACCGUUUCUCCAUCUGCUUUUUUAGAGCCGUUUAGUGCUUCUGUCUGGGUGAUGAUGUUUGUGAUGCUUCUCAUUGUGUCCGCAAUGGCUGUGUUUAUAUUUGAGUACUUUAGUCCGGUAGGAUAUAACAGGAACUUAGCACAAGGGAAAGCACCACAUGGACCCUCUUUUACCAUUGGAAAGGCUGUCUGGCUUCUCUGGGGUUUGGUCUUCAACAAUUCAGUGCCUGUACAAAAUCCAAAAGGCACGACAAGUAAAAUUAUUGUAUCAAUUUGGGCUUUCUUUGCUGUGAUCUUUUUGGCAAGUUACACUGCCAACCUGGCUGCAUUUAUGAUCCAAGAGGAAUUUGUUGAUCAAGUGACUGGACUUAGUGACAAAAAGUUUCAACGGUCAUACGAAUAUUCCCCCCCAUUUCGGUUUGGUACAGUCCCAAAUGGAAGCACUGAAAGAAACAUUAGAAAUAACUAUCCUGAAAUGCAUCAGUACAUGGUAAAAUUUAAUCAGAAAGGGGUGCAGGAAGCACAGGUCAACUUAAAGACUGGAAAGCUGGACGCUUUCAUCUACGAUGCAGCGGUGCUGAAUUAUAUGGCUGGGAGAGAUGAGGGCUGCAAGCUUGUGACAAUAGGAAGUGGCUAUAUCUUUGCCACAACAGGCUACGGUAUUGCUCUACAAAAAGGUUCUCCUUGGAAACGGCCUAUUGAUUUAGCUCUUCUACAGUUUGUUGGAGAUGGUGAGAUGGAAGAAUUGGAAACUUUGUGGCUUACUGGUAUUUGCCACCAUGAGAAGAAUGAAGUUAUGAGCAGCCAGCUGGAUAUUGACAAUAUGGCUGGUGUAUUCUACAUGCUGGCAGCAGCCAUGGGAUUGAGUCUGAUAACGUUUGUCUGGGAACAUUUAUUUUACUGGAAACUGAGAUACUGUUUUACUGGUGUUUGUACAGGAAAACCAGGACUGCUGUUCUCAAUAAGCAGGGGUAUUUACAGCUGUAUUCAUGGGGUGCAUAUUGAAGAGAAAAAGAAGUCCCAAGACUUCAGCUUUACUGCUUCCCAAACCAACAUGCUAAAAUUAUUGAGAUCAUCAAAAAACAUGGCUAAUUUAACUAAUCUAAAUCCUUCACAAUGCAAUUCACCCAAAAGGACAUCUGAUUAUAUUCAACGAGGUUCACUGUUGAUGGAUAUGGUCCUUGAUAAAGGGAACGUAAUCUACUCAGAUAACAGACCAUUCCAGCAAAAAGAAAUUUAUGCUGAAAACACACAUGAUCUCACCAUGCUAGCUAGUAAUCGCCACAAAGACAACCUUAAUAAUUACGUGUUUCAGGGUCAGCACCCGCUCACACUAAAUGAAUCCAAUCCAAAUACAGUUGAAGUUGCUGUAAGUGCUGAACCAAAGGCAACUUCCAGGCCAAGGCAGCUUUGGAAAAAAUCAGUUGAAACUUUGAAGCAAAACCAAGGCUCAAUUAAUGAAAAUGGAACUGAUGAGCUCAAGUCAUCCAGUAAAAACCAACGCUUUCUUCCAGAGGAUGGACAUUUUUCUGAUGCUUCAGAGACAUCAAGUAGAGCCACCUGUCAUGUAGACACCGAAAACAAUAGCAAGCAUCACAAAAGUAAGGACAACUUAAAAAAGAGAUCUGUAUCCAAAUAUCCUAGAGACUGCAGUGAAGUAGAGUUGUCCUACUUAAAAACCAAACAAAGUUUGACUCAUGACAAAAUCUACACAAUUGAUGCAGAGAAGGAACCCAGCUUCUUAAUAGAACAGCCACAGUAUGUUGAGAAUGCCCCUGUUCAAGAAGAAGGAGAUUAUCCUGAGGUAUACCAAGAUCACAAUGAUAAUUAUAGAAAGUCAGAACCAUCCUUACAUGUUAAUAGGACUCCUUUGCACAAUGAAGUCAGUCUUCCAAAUAAUGACAUACAAUACAAGCUGUUUGCUAAGCACUAUAGUUUAAAGGACAAAAAUGCAUCUAUGACUGAAGCCAAUGAUGGGCAGAGGCAAAAUUCCACCCACUGUAGAAGCUGUCUUUCCAAUGUGCCCAGUUAUACUGGUCACUACUCAGCCAGGUCCCCGUAUAAGUGUGAUGAUUGCCUACAUAUAGGAAAUCUAUACGAUAUUGAUGAAGACCAAAUGCUACAUGAGGCCACCAACUCUAUGCAUUCUGAAGAUGUUUAUGAGCACAACUGGAUUGAAAACAAUGCUCUACAGUUUCAGAAGAAAAACAAGCUACGGAUCAACAGACAACAUUCUUGUGAUAAUAUAAAUAAACCCAGGGAGUCUGACACUGGAAGGUCAUCUCGUAGCAUCAGUUUGAAAGAUAAGGAACGGUAUCUACAAGAAAGCCCUUUUGCUAAUAUUCUCAUUGUCCCCCAUGAAAAACUAUUGGGAAAUAAGACUUCGCUUUUUACACACUCUUUAAAGGAAACCAAGCGGAGCAAGUCUCUUUACCCCGACAUUUCCUCUGAAAACCCAUUCCUGCAUUCUUACCAGGAGAACCAAAAACUGAGUCAUGGACGGAGCUCCUCUGACAUUUAUAAACAAUCCUCAUCAUCAAAAGCAAGAAAUGAUAACUAUUUAAGAUCAUCUAUUAAAUCCACCACUUCAUACUCUUCAAGAGAUGGACGGGUUCCCAAUGACAUGUGCGUUUCAGAGUAUGUUAUGCCUUAUGUCACAAGCAAGAAUAGUCUGUACCCAGCUCCAAGGGUUGUAAAUUCCUGCAGCAAUAGACGAGUAUUUAAGAAAAUGCCUAGUAUUGAAUCAGAUGUUUAAAAUGUUUACUCUGUGUACCACAUGUUAUUCUGAAAUCUGAGACUAUAGUGUAGCUGCCAACACUUUUAGAGGCAAUCCAAGAAAUCUUGAACAAUACUCUGGAAAACCUGUGUAUGGUUUAUGCUUACAUAAUAUAUGUAGGGCUUCCACAUGUCCCAUAUUAGCUAGGAAAGCCCCACUUUUUGUAACUGGCUAUAGAAUUGAAACUAUUGAUAGUCCUGGACUAAUAGGGAACCUCUGAAAAGGGAACUACAAAAAUUAGCAUUUCGCUCCCAAAAGAGAGCAUGGUAUUGGUUUUUUGUACUGGGCAAAGUUCAUAUAAAAAUGGUUUCCUGAUUGACUCAAAAAUUAAAAUGGUAAGAUGGGAGCACUGAAUAUCUAUAUAGGGAAUAUAAUUGCAAAGCGUUGGGACAUGUUGUCCACAACAUUGUUAUAAAGAUUUAAUAAGCCAUGACAAAGAAAGUAACUCAAAACACAGCCUGAUUAAAUAUUGGCAGCUAUCAUUUUAUGUACUUUGCCAUUCAUGCCACUGUUCAAGUACUAUACUACACUAGACAUAACACAUUAUAAUGUUAUUUGUCAUCUAAUGUUUUUACUAGCAAAAUAAGCAAUAUUGUAUGCAUGUAGUUUGACACAAAGAAAAAAGUUUUAUGUAAGAAUGCUUUUGCACAGUCACAAGGGGUUGAAAAAAAAUCAACUUUAGCAUAUUAAAAAUGAUUACAAAUUAAUUAAGAAUUUUAAGUCUGUUGUUAAACGCAGAUAGUGAAUAUUAAAGUAGACCUUUACAGUUUGCCUUUCAAUGUCAAUAUCUUUAUUUAAAUAUUAUAGGUUUUAUUAGAUAGUCAUGAUUCAUUUACUUCCAAAGCUAUUUGUUUUAUUAACAACCAUGCUCUUCAACUAUUAAUUAUGUAAUAAAACUAUACAUCAAUGUGUUACACCAGUGUCAUUUGCUACAAUUUCAAUCAAAGACAACACAAAAUAGCCUACAAUAUUGCAGAUAUGCCAUACCUAAUGUGUGUAUGUAUAUAUAUGUAUAUAUAUAUAUAUAUAUAUAUAUAUAUAUAUACAGUAUAUAUCACAUAGUAGUCCCCAUACAGAGGCAAGACCCAGGCGGCACUCCAUGGACUUUUAAAUCAGUGCAUGAGAUGUAUUAAUCCAUACAUGUAUGGUUUAAUACACCUCUUUAACUAAUUGAAAAGUCCGUGGAGUUCUGUACGUUUCUUGACACCAUGCGGGGACUACUAUGUUAAGCAUGAAGUUUGGGAAGGCACCCCGGCAGAUAGAUAUCGUUACGUGAGUGCUCUCACACAUGAAUAUAUAUAUAUAUAUAUAUAUAUAUAUACAGUAUAUAUAUAUAUAUAUAUAUAUAUGUAUGCAAAUACUACAGUGUGUAUAUAUAUAUAUAUAUAUAUAUAUUUAUUUACACACACAUGUGAAGUAUACCAAAAUGAUUACUGUGCUUGUACAUACCUUGGUGCAACUCAUAGCAAAAUAUAUAUUUAUAUAUCAGUGCACAGAUGUAACAAUUUAGUGCAUAUACUUGAGUGUAACAUUUCACCAUUACUUAUACAGUUUUUUUCAACAAUUUUAAGAAACAAAUGUUUUUCUGUUUUUAAUUGCACCAUAAUUGUUGAAAUGCCACACUUAAAAUCGGUGCAUGGUAAACUGCUAUUUUUGCAUGUAUUUAUGUUGACUGAUUAUUUAUGUUAAUUGUAGAAAAAAAUGUUUGUAGUGGCAAUUGUCUGAAAGGUUGUACCUAUAUCCUAAGAGUCAUUUCCGAAGGUUAAAAAAAAAAUGCGGGGCUGCAGGAGAUGUAAUGUGAUGUCCUAUUUUUGCCCAAAUGAUUCAACGUUUAUGAAAACACAUUAAAAGCUUGCAUCUUCUGUGGGAAGAAAGAUAUUUUGGAUGAAACAUGUAAGAGUUUCAUGGGUAGAAUGUGCGCAAAAAUGUUUUUUUUUCCUGGGUUGGAGGGACUCAAAGAAUCUCUACUCCGCAAAAGGACUACAUUUUAUACAUAGUCAGAGGUGGCAGACAGGCAGAUAUAGAACACUAGCAUAUAUUUUCAUUGAAGUGCCUUUGCAACGAUCCGACCCAUUUUAUAUGGGAAUGGAUAUUUAUAGGCACAUUUCUACCAGUGUAAUAAAAAUAUUCCAUUAUACAAUAGCAACAUGUGUAAUAAAGAGUCUUAAUGCCGCUCAUUCUCAUGACUUAUUUAAGACAUCAAUCAGGCCUGAAUUAGUAAUAUUUUGGAAGAAAAAUCUAAAAGUUGAAAUUAAUGAGACUAAUGAGCUAGAAGGUAGAAAUGUGAAUUGAUUCUUUCUUUUGAGACAGUUCUGUAAAAAUUUUUUCUUUACAGCAUUUUUGCUUAACAGUUCGAAAAAGAGGAAUGUGCCAUACACCUAUGUGUUUGCUAAUAGGAUAGGAACGUUUGUGCAAAAAUAGAUGCUCUGCACGUCCGUAUAUUCUAUGGUUAGAAAUGACUUCUCCUGUAUCCACCUUGUCAUGUUAUUUCUAAGCAGGAGGCAUUGAUGGGUUUUAGCAUUAGGAGUAUGAAUUUUGGCUACUUCACUAAGUAAUUACCAUAGUUUCCAACAUUAUAUUAGAUCCGUAUAAUAGCCCAUAUAAUAGUCACAUUUUUGUAAUCUGCUUUUAAAGUUGAUUAUAACAUGUGCAAAAUAUAUGUCAGAGUACUUGUAGUUGAUUUAUGUUUUAUCUCAGGAUUGUGAUACUCUAAUGCUGUUAGCAAGACUGCUUUCGUAAUGAGUCAAAAAGGGCACCUGAACUGGGCCAACAAUUAGAUGACCCAAUAUAAGACUCUGGAUAUAAGAUGGUCAUCUAUCUCAUCACUAGACAGGAAAUAUAAAUCAUUUAAAAGGGUGUUUUCCUGUAUUGAAGCUGAACCAAACAUAUACAGUCCUAUAAGUUAAAAAAAGUUACAUGGUGCUUUAACCUUUAUCCAAGGCCAAAUCCUAACUCUAAACCUAAAGCAAGGUCUAAAUACUCUCCCAAGACCCCACUGAAGCAAUGAAGACAUAAAGAAAAUAAGAAUUUACUUACCGAUAAUUCUAUUUCUCAUAGUCCGUAGUGGAUGCUGGGAACUCCGUAAGGA